AUGGAUAUUGGCCUUGCUAGGUCGGUGAUUUUUAAAUUUAUAUUCUGGAAAUCAAUAGAUGGUGAUGCUAAAUUGAAUGCUAUUGUUAAGAUUAAAUCAGUUUAUGGCAUUUGUCCAAUUGGUUAUCAAAUUAAGGAUGGCACUUGUGUUGAUAUUAAUGAAUGUGAAUCUAGCCAAGAAAUAUGCCAUAAGCAUUCACACUGCAUUAAUGCUAUUGGUGAUUACAUAUGCGAGCGUAAUUGUCAACCAGGUUUUAAAGUAGAUUCACGAGGUGAUUGCAAGGAUAUUGAUGAGUGUGCACUUGGUAUGCAUAACUGUACAAGCGGUGUCUUAUGUAAGAAUAUACCAGGUGCAUUCUUAUGUGAAGCAUCGCUAUGUGCCGAAGGAUAUAUUCGAGAUUCUAGUGGUCAUUGCAAAGAUGUAAACGAAUGUGAUAAAUUAUUAUGUGGUAAUUUGAAAUGUUUGAAUCAUUUAGGUUCAUAUAAUUGUAUUUGUCCAACAGGUUUUCCAAUUGAUAUUAAUGGUAUUUGUGAAGAAACGAAAGAGAAUUUGGCAAAUGUAAAAUCAAUUAGAUUUGAUGAAAAUUGGAGAACAUGUGCACCAGGUUACUAUCGUAUUGGUGAAACAUGUCAAGAUAUUAAUGAAUGUACAUUCAAUUUGCCAUGCAAUUAUGAAUGUGAAAAUAUUGAAGGCAGUUAUAAAUGUUUAUGUCCAGAAGGUUAUACAAUUGAGCAAAAUAAUUGUACCGAUAUAAAUGAAUGCUUAUCUAAUCCAUGCUUAACUGAUGAAUUAUGUUUUAAUCAAUUAGGAAGUUAUGAAUGCCUUACAACGCCAUGUCCAGUUGAUUAUCAUCUGAAAGAUCAGAAAUGUAUACCGAAUUGUCAAAAUUGUUCUAACUUACCUAUAAUAAUUUACAUGUUAUCACUACCAAAAAUCAUACCAAUAGCUACAUCAUUACUACGUCUAACAGCUUAUGAUCAUCGUUCAAGGGUGCUUCACCGAACGCGUUUCAUUACGAAAUCAGUUUCAAAAUCCACCAAACAUAUUCCAUUUAUUUUUAAAACGAAAAAUGGUCGAGCAACGUUGCAAAAUGUUGAAAGUUCACUUAAAGCAGGAACAUAUAAGCUUGCGAUACGAAGUAUCUCUAAGUUACCUUAUAGAGCGGGCAAAUUAAUUAAUAAUUCAAUUGUUUUUAUUGCUGUAUCGGAAUAUGAUUUUUAA